AAAACAAUUCCACAAAGAGACAACUUUCAGCCUCAACUGAGAAUACGUAUUACAGCAUCAUAGUUCUUUUUGUUUGUGAUUAUUCAGCGGAGAUUCUCCGUACGACAAUAGUUCUCUCCAAUUGUGCUGCCUGCGAGGCAUCUGCGAAUUACAUCGGAUGUCUGGCUUCUUCAUUUAAUUCCCCUCAAGGCAGAUACUUAACUUUGCCAGCCUUGAACACAUAUAAACAAACAUUUUCGUAUUUACACACUUUCACCACUUGAUUUCAGAUUAUUCAUUGCUUAACAUGUCUCAACUGAAGAACCUCUUAACAAAGCUUACCAAAACUCAAGAUGGAGAUGCCCAACCACAGCCAGAGACUCUUGUCUCCAAACCCCCUCCCAAGCCUGAGAUGUCAGUGACACCACCACGCUUCCUCAUCAUCGGUGCUGGAUCACGAGGGCAGAACUACGCCGCUGCAAUUGACAGCGUAUCCAAUGGCGUUGUCGCCGCUGUUGCUGAACCCUUGAAGUUCAAGCGCGAGUCCCUCGGCCGAGCUCACAUCUGGGGUGACGGUUCCCCUGGAGAAGGCCAGUCUUUCCAUGACUGGCGAGAAUUCUUUGCAUAUGAGCAGGAUCGUCGAAGGCGAGCUGCUUCGGGUGAAGAGAAUGUACCGGAAGGUGUUGAUGGAGUCUUUGUUUGCGUGCUCGACGAGAUGCACCGUGAGGUUAUCGUCGGUCUUGCACCACUUGGGUUACACAUUAUGUGUGAAAAGCCUCUUGCAUGUUCCCUCCAAGAUUGUAUCGACAUGUACAAGGCCAUGCGUCCCUCCCAAUCCACCAAGAUCUUCUCAAUCGGCCAUGUGCUGCGAUACAGCCCACACAACAUCCUGCUCCGCAAGCUUCUCAUUGAAGACCGUGUCAUCGGCGAAAUUUCAAGCGCCGUACACACAGAGCCCGUAGGUUGGUGGCACUUCACGCACUCAUAUGUCAGGGGAAACUGGCGCAACGAGAAUACCACUGCCCCAUCCUUGUUGACUAAGAGCUGCCACGAUAUCGAUCUGUUGCUCUGGCUGCUCUGCUCUCCUGAGAAACCAGGACAGGGAGAGCCACAUCUCCCUGAAACGGUCUCAUCUGUUGGGAACCUUCAUCUCUUCAAGAAAAGUCGUAAGCCCAAGGCUGCAGGAUCGGCAACAAACUGCAUGAAAUGCCCCCUCGGAGACGAAGGGUGCAAAUUCUCUGCAAAGAACAUUUACCUGGGCCCCAAACUCAAGGGCUUGCAGGCCGGCAACACAAGAUGGCCAGUCAGUAUCGUCGUCCAUGACAUUGAAGACUACCCCUCCCACCAGAAGAAGGAAGAGAUGUUGAUCAAGGCUCUGGAGGAAGACUACAACGACUCUACACCAAAGUCGGAGAUCCAAGCCCGUAACUGGUUCGGCCGUUGUGUCUUUGAAGCUGACAACAAUGUCUGCGACGACCAGUUCGUCACCAUUACCUGGCCUGAGUCCACCAAGCCUUCAAAGACAGCUACUCUGCAUAUGGUCGCUCAGACAACAAAGAUCUGCGAACGUUACUCUAACUUUUACGGCGAACAUGGCGAGGUUCACGCCAAUUCACGUCGCAUCGUUGUUGAGGACUUCAACACAGGCGAGGUGAAGACAUAUCAUCCUCGUGUCGAAGAUCUUGGCCAUGGUGGCGGAGACUUGGGUCUGACACGCCAGUUUGUCAUGGCAUGUGAUCGUGUCAAGAACCAUGACUGGGAGGCUCCUCGGGCUCAAGAUGAGUUUAUUGGAUGCACUCUUGAUGAGGUGCUGCGAAGCCAUGCUAUGGUCUUUGCAGCUGAGGAGGCGAGACUUGGUCGUAAGGUCCUUGACUGGGAAGACUGGUGGAACAAGGCUGUUGGAAAGCAGAUGGAAACUAACAGACAUGCGUAAUAUGUCAGCGUAGCAGUGGAUUUCUGAAGUAAUGGUGACUAACGGUCAGAAUGGUUUUAUUAUUAGCAUAUUCACUUUAUGACUUCACUAAUUGAGCAAGUUUGACUUAGGCAUUAUCAUGUUUUUAGAUUCG